CAACCCGCUUCCCUCCCGAGUCGCCACAUAUAAAUAAAUCUCCCAGCGGCCGUGGGCUCCACAAUUUCCAGCACGCGAAAUAUGCAUUCGCUCGGGCAUCGUUUGAACUGUGUAUUCCAAAUCGCAGCGGUAUUGCUGGCGCUAUUGUGCGCCUUCGCCUCCCUCUCCGAUAACCUUAACACCCCUUCCGUACAUGCGAACGUCCAGGUACUCAAAGUAAAUUGGUUUCGGAAGCAGCUGAAUGGGAACGAUGAGGUUACCUUGACCUUGAACAUAUCCAUGGACUUGCAAUCAACAUUUACAUGGAACACAAAGCAGGUUUUUGUGUUUAUAGCAGCAGAGUAUGAAACUGCCAAGAAUUCCUUGAACCAGAUCUCGUUGUGGGAUCACAUAAUCCCUGACAAAGACCAUGCAAAGUUCCAAACCCAGAUCAUGAACAAGUAUCCCUUGAUCGAUCAGGGAAGCAACCUCCGUGGUAAGACAAUUGGACUUGUUCUCCACUGGGAAGCUAUGCCCAAGACAGGUAGAAUGAUCAGAGACGGCUUGUUUCUUUCAGACUUUCAUCUGCCGGAUGAGUACACUUAGUAUGUCCUUGUUGGUCAUCGUGUAGUUUGAGUAUGAUAGAGGUUUACCUUUCAUUCGAAGUCUGGUUGGAUAUUUCUAUCACCACUUUGGAAUGAAGAUAGCAUAGUAUAGUGUUAAAUGCGGAA